AUGGAAGAUAUUGACUGGGAAGAUUUCCUUAAUGAAGACUUUAGUAAUUACAGCUACAGCACUGACCUGCCCCCUAUUCUACCAGAUUCUGCCCCAUGCCAGUCAGAAUCCCUAGGAAUCAAUAAGUAUGCAGUGGUCACCAUCUACGCCCUGGUGUUCCUGCUGAGCCUGCUGGGAAACUCCCUGGUGAUGCUGGUCAUCUUGUACAGCCGUGUCAGCCGCUCUGUCACUGACAUCUACCUGCUGAACCUGGCCAUGGCUGAUCUACUCUUUGCUCUGACCUUGCCUAUCUGGGCCGCCUCCAAGGUGAAUGGCUGGAAUUUUGGCACACCCCUGUGCAAGCUAGUGUCCCUCUUGAAGGAAGUCAACUUCUACAGUGGUAUUCUCCUGCUGGCCUGCAUCAGUGUGGACCGCUACCUGGCCAUUGUCCAUGCCACACGCACGCUCACCCUGAAGCGCCACUUGGUCAAGUUUGCCUGUAUAGGCACAUGGGCCCUGUCCCUGUGCUUGGCCCUUCCCACCAUAAUUUUCCGGAAGGCCAUCUACCCUCCUUUCUCCAACCCAGUCUGCUAUGAGGACAUGGGCAUAAAUACAUCAAAAUGGCGGAUGGUACUACGGAUCCUGCCUCAGACUUUUGGCUUUUUCCUGCCUCUGCUGGUCAUGCUGUUCUGCUAUGGAUUCUCCCUCUGCACGCUGAUUAAGGCCCACAUGAGACAUAAGUACCAGGCCAUGAGGGUCAUCUUUGCGGUCAUCCUCAUCUUCUUGCUCUGCUGGCUGCCGUACCACUUGGUCCUGCUGGCAGACACCCUUAUGAGGACCCAGGUGAUCAUGGACACCUGUGACCUCCGCAACAACAUUGACUUGGUCCUGGAAGCCACUGAGAUGCUGGGCUUCCUUCACAGCUGCCUCAACCCCAUCAUCUAUGCCUUCAUUGGCCAAAAGUUUCGCCAUGGAUUCCUGAGGAUUCUGGCCACCCACAGCCUCAUCAGCAAGGAAUUCUUGUCCAAGGACAGCAAGCCUUCCUUUGUAGACUCUUCUUCAGGGAACAUUUCUACUACUCUCUGA